UUGUCCUCUGGCCUUGACUGGUGGUUUGGCAUUCAUAGCUAGCCUAAAGUUUCGCUACUAUGGGAAGUAUUACAGAUGUUUACUCCUCUGUCUGCAAAGAACUAAAACUACGAACUAAUCGAUACAUUUUAGAAGUCCUGCAAGAGACGGAGGGGAAGACGGGAGACAUCACACUCAAACUGACUGGGAACGACAGGCUGAGAAAGGUAGAACAAGUGACCAACAAAGAUGCUCUCGCUCUGUCCAGAACCCUCCGAGACAACGACUCAGUGACAGGUCUGGAUUUGAGGUACAACUGCAUCACAGAUGAGGGGGCGGGACACCUCGCUGACCUCCUCAAGGAGAACGUGUGUCUGCGCUUUCUGGACCUGACGUGUAACGACAUUCAGACAGACGGAGCUGAAUACAUUGCAAAGAGUUUGACUUCUAAUGAUGCCCUCCUGUCUCUGAGGCUGACUGGUAAUAAGAUAGGGAACGGAGGAGCCAUGCACUUCGCCAGCAUGCUGCAGGUCAACUCUACACUACAGGAGCUGGACGUGGCCGACUCUGACCUGGGGACUCAGAGUGUGAUAGCGUUUGCCAUCGUCUUGAACAACAACAAGAGCCUCCGAUCUGUCAACAUCAGCAGACCUCUACUCUUCAGCCACCAGGAGGAGACAGCGGUCCAUCUGUCAGGUAUGUUGGUAGUUAAUCAGUGUCUGAGGGAGCUGCACCUGGGAAAGAUGGGCAUGACUGACUAUGGAGUGGAGAGACUCACUGAUGCCCUGAGAACCAACUACACCCUCAAAUACCUGGACUUACGCUGUAACCGUGUGACUCGUGACGGGGCGCGGUGUCUAGCAAAGGUCCUGAAGAACAAUGGAACCUUGGAGAUUCUGGACCUGGCGUCCAAUCGCAUCGAAGACGAUGGUGCCCUCUACCUCAGCCAGGCUAUCGCCUUGCCCACCUGCAACCUCAAAGCGUUGUCUAUCCCCAAUAAUAACAUAGCUACUGUUGGUCUGGUGUCUCUGUCUCGGGCCAUGCAGGCUAACAACACUCUCACACACAUCUACAUUUGGGGGAACAGACUGGAGGAGCCGGUCUGUCAGGCUUUCAGUGAUCUGCUGUCCAGUGGUCGUCUGUCGUCGGAGCAGACCGAUGUGUGUGUGUAUGAGGUGGACGGGUGUGUGUGUCUGGCUGAGGUCUUCCAUGGGCUGAAGAGGCACUACUACUGGACACCCAGCUACGGACAGGAUGUAAAUCCUGCUAGCAAUGCAGCUGUGGCCCUCACAAAUACACAACUAUAUCCUAACUCCUCACACACACCCUAAACCCUUAAUAAUACUACCCACCUGGCACACAUUCAGUUAAACUUGAUGCAUACAUGCACUCUAAUA